CUUUUUGACGGGUUUUAUCAUGAGCAUAAACUCUUCUUUGGGAGUGCAGAAUGGCAGUCGGCUGAAAAUUUUAUGCAAUAAGAUUUUGUUAUUAGAACAUGUCGCUUCGUCCUCGUAGGGUUGAUUUUGACCAAACCUGGUCAACACUUCUGGAGACUGUAAAUGGUGUAAUAACAUGUGGAAGUGUUGCUAGAGCAACCUGGAAUGAUCGUUUCUCGGAUGUUUAUGCUCUUUGUGUUGCGUGUCCAGAGCCACUUGGGGACAGACUGUACCAUGAGACAAAAACUUUUCUGGAGAACCAUGUCAGACUUUUAUAUCAGAAAGUUAUAGACAGUAAUGAGGAGAAUUUGCUCACAAUUUAUCAGAGAAAUUGGGAACAGUACAGUAAAGGUUCCAGUUUUCUUAAUCAACUUUAUGGGUAUUUAAAUACAACAUUCAUCAAGAAGCAGAAAUACAGUGAUGCUGACCUGAACUAUGGUGGAUUUACUGUAGAAUUAACAGAUCAGAUGCUGGAAAUAGGGGAGCUUGCACUUGACACAUGGAAAAAGUUUAUGAUAGAACCAUUAAAGAGCCAUCUGCUUGUUCUUAUACUUCAAGAAAUUAACAAUGACCGACACAAUAACUGUGUUAAUCAGACAGUUCUGCAUGGAGUAAUAACAUCUUUUGUUGAUGUGGAAGAAUACAAAAAGAAGUCCCCUCUACAGUUGUAUGAGGAUGUAUUUGAAAGCCAGUUCCUGAAAGAGACAGGGGACUAUUAUAGGAGUGAAGCAGCUAAACUAAAAGAUGAAUGCUCAUGUUCAGAUUACAUGGAAAAGGUUAUAAAGAAACUUCAAGAGGAAGAUUUUCGAAGCCGAAAGUUUUUACAUCCAAGCUCAUAUGGUAAAGUUACCCAUGAAUGUCAACAAAGAAUGGUGGCAGAUCAUCUCCUGUUUUUACAUGGUGAAUGUAGGGAAAUGGUACAAAUAGAAAAACUGCAAGAUUUAGAAAACAUGUAUACAUUGUUAAAACCUAUACACGGAGGCUUGGCAUUACUGGUACAAGAGGUAGAGGAUCAUAUAAAAACAAUGGGCAUGGAGGCAGUCAGAAAUCUCAAGGGAGAUAAUGUACCUACACAGUUUGUUGAGAGUAUGUUAACAGUACAUCAGAAGUAUACAGAACUUAUCAAAAAAGUGUUCAGAAAUGACCAACAGUUUGUGGGCGCUCUUGAUAAGGCAUGUGCAACAGCUAUUAAUUAUAAAUCCAAUCCCAAAAUGCCCUGCAGAUCACCUGAACUGCUUGCAAAAUACUGUGAUAAUUUAUUGAAGAAAAGCUCAAAAGGUUCAUCAGAGACAGAGUUAGAUGACAAGCUAGGGAGCUGUAUAACUGUGUUCAAAUAUCUCGAUGAUAAAGACGUCUAUCAGAGGCAUUAUUCUAGAAUGUUGGCAAAGAGACUAAUACAUGGUCAAACUGCUUCUAUGGAUGCUGAAGAGAUGAUGAUAAAUAAACUGAAGCAAGCCUGCGGUUAUGAGUUCACAAACAAGCUACAUCGUAUGUUUACUGACAUGACAGUAAGUAGUGGAUUACAGGAUGAUUUCAACUCAAGCCUGAAGGAUGGUCCCACUGAUCUUGGUCUUAACUUCUCUAUUCUAGUGUUACAGGCUGGAGCCUGGCCUCUAGGACAGAGUAAUCUUCCAACAUUUGCAAUACCUCAGGAACUGGAGAAAAGUGUUAGCGAAUUUGAAAAAUUUUACAACAAGAAAUACAGUGGUAGAAAACUAACAUGGAUGCAUACUCUAUGUACAGCGGAACUAAAGUUGAACUUUCUGAAGAAGCCAUACAUAGUAACUAUGGGAAGUUUUCAGAUGGCAAUCUUGUUAAUGUUUAACGAAUCAGAGUCUGUAAGUUACCAGGAAGUAACCAGGCACACAAAACUCAGUGAUAAAGAGAUGACAAAACAAGUACAGUCACUGGUAGAUGCUAAACUACUGUGUGUUGAGGGCACAGUGUCAACAGAAUCUGUGUUUACAUUGAAUAUGGCUUAUGCAAAUAAAAGAACAAAAUUCAAGAUAACAGCUGCUAUACAGAAGGAGACCCCACAGGAACUUGAACAAACACGAAGUGCAGUGGACGAAGAUAGAAAGAUGUACAUUCAAGCAGCUAUAGUUAGAAUUAUGAAAGCUAGGAAGAUUUUGAAACAUAAUUUACUAAUUCAAGAGGUAAUAAGUCAGGCGAAAGCUAGGUUUGCACCAAAUAUAGCUAUGAUUAAAAAGUGUAUAGAAGCUCUUAUAGAUAAACAGUAUCUAGAACGGACUCAAAACUCCACGGAUGAGUAUAGUUAUAUAGCAUAGACAGAUGUGAAUAGUUUGGUUAAAUCGACAGUGUUGUGGGAAGUCGACUGAAACCCCGGUACAUGUGAUACAUUGGAUAUUUAUUUCUUAUAACCUUAAUGAAAUGAUUUAUUGAAUACAGAGUACAACCUGUGCAGAGCAAUACCCUUGUGGUGGUUAAAGAAUUUGGUUGUUUACAGAGUGAUGCUGUAGAGAGGUGAAAAUCACUUUGAUGUGCUCUUGUGUGAGGCAUUGUUGUAAGCAGGUUAUUGCUUUAUAGAUGGCUGUUUUGCAAGGGUUGCUCUGUAUAUAAAUGAAUAAGUCUGGAUUAUAUAAAAGGCUUGUUUUUAAGAAAUAUUGCUACUUUCAUUGUAGAUACACAAAACGUUGAAACAGUCUUGCAUAUUAUGUUUAAAUGUUUAAUUCCGGUUAACUGUUUAGGAAAAAACAAUCCCACACAAUGCAAAUAUUUAGUGAAUUGUUUAUCAUUAUGUAUAUUAAAUCAUUAAGUAAGAAAACUCUUUGAGUUUAUACCACACAAAUAAAUAAAAGGUGCAUUGUUGUUGCCUGUCAUGAUUAAACUAUAUCUGAUUAUCAAAUUUGAAUGAUGCAUUAAACAUGCAUCAAUGUUUGAAACAGUCAUGUCAAGGUUUAUCCUGACAUGUUCAUAUAUUGAUCAUCUGUCAACAUAAAUCCAAGCUACACCCCCACAUUAAACAUUUAGUUAAUAUCUCCAGAUACUAAGCAAGUGUUUAUUAAGUAAAAAUUUAAGAUUUAAGAAAUGUUUGGUCAGUCACCACCCGGGGUGACCCCUCAUUUCCUUUGCAUGUUAUGAAUUAUAAUUGUUAAAAGUCACAAGCCAAGUUUUGAAACUGUUUAUCUGUAAGGUUUGACUAAACUCUACUGUUGGGUACUGAAAUACAGGCUCCUAUUUUCGGUCUCCCCCAACACUUCUUAUUUCCAUUGUAUAAAUUUAGCUGUGUAAAAUUUAAAUAUUUUAAAACAGGAAGUUGAUUAUAAGCAAGUGAAUUGACAAGAUAUUUGUCUGCAAUACAAGGAAGGGAAGGAGUGAUGGCUUUGUUAAAAGGGGUUAGCUUUCCAAACAAAAAGGAUUCUUAGAUUUUUAGCUUUAAAGGAAGGAGACUAUAAACAUGUUUGUUAUACAACAGCUGUAUUUGUUAGUGGAAAAAGUUGAAUAAGCAUUAUCUUUAUCAUGACCCAAGAUAAGUGUUUUGUUGUUUAAAUUUUGAAUGCAGUAUUUAUUGUUGAUUUUAUUUGUAGAUUUAAUUAAAGGUGAUACUGUGUUUUAUAUUUUUGUUUUCACAGCAUAAUAAAGAACUUAGGUGAAAGUAUGAUAUAUCAUUUUUUUUGCUGUAUCAGCAUUUAAAUUAAAUCUUAAAGCUAUUCAUUCAGUGUUGAAUGAUACACGUUUUGUUGUUGAAUCUAUACAAUACUUAUACCAAUGGAAGUUGAAUGAUUUAGUUUUUAGCUCGACUUUUCUAUGCAAAGGGGAGCUAUCCUACUCGCCCCGGCGUCGGCGUCGGCGUCACACCUUGGUUAAGUUUUUCGUACCACCCCACUUUAUUUCAGAAGUAUUACAAGUAUGGCUUUGAAACUUACCAUACUUGUUCACCAUCAUAACCUCCAUCUACAGACAAGAGUACAUAACUCUGUCAAGGUUUUUGACAGAAUUAUGGCCCUUUUUUGACUUAGAAAGUGUAUUGAGCUUGGUUAAGUUUUUUGUACCACCUCACUUUAUUUCAAAACCAUUGGAGGUAUUGCUUUGAAACUGACCAUACUUGUUUACCAUCACGACCUUCAUCAACAGACAAGAGGACAUAACUCUGUCAAGGUUUUUGACAGAAUUAUGCCCCUUUUUGACUUAGAAAAUACAUUGAAUAUGGGUAAAAUCCACUUAUUGCCUUAACCCUUUGAGAUAUUGCUUUGAAACUUUUAAUGCUAUUUCACAUCAUUACCCCCAUCUGUACGCAAGAGAAGGUAACUCUGUCAAGGAUUUGUUUUAAAAAUUAAGGCCUUUUAUCGACUUAGAAUCUUGGUUAAGUUUUUAGUACCAGUCCACUUUUUGACUGAACUGUUUGAGAUAUUAAUUUGAAAGUUGGAAUACUUGUUUACAAUCAUGAUUCCCAAACAUGUCCAGGAGAAGGUAAUUCUGUCAAAGAUUUUAUUUGAAUUAUGGCCCUUAAUGCUCAUGGCCAUUGUUCACUUUAAAAAUACAGAGAUUCUUGUAUUGCCUUUUACUGCAAAAACUUUUUUUAUUGGCAAGCAAUAAAAAAGUCGAGCGCGCUGUCUUACGGACAGCUCUUGUUUAAUAUGGAAGAAAGUUAGAAGUUGUUCUGAUUUUACUACCACUACAGACUCGCACCAGUCGACACAUCCAUGCUGUUUGACUAGGGAGUAAACAUUAAGCUAAAAUAACUUUAAAUUUUCAUCUGGGUAUCACUAACAUAGUUGCAUUUUUCCAAAAAUAAUACAAGAUGGACAAUUCUAUACUAUAAAUUUUCAAUAGGAUUUAGGGAGAAAAAGCACACAAGAAUUCAGAGCAUGAUAAGAAAAUCAUAGGAAUAUUACAGCCUUGUCCAGUUUGGAAUUUAUUGCAUCGAUCUACUAUACAAAUACUGUAAAAUUUGUCAAUAACACUGCACAUUACUGUUAACUGAAUUUAAAGAUGAUUGUUUUACAAAUUUUGUUAUCUAUAAAUGAUUUCAUGUAUUUAUGUGCUAAUAUUGUUACUUUCUAAAGAUUUUAUUAUCCACAAUUUUUAGCUCACCUGAGCUUGCUCAGGGUGAGCUUUUAGGAUCGGUGAAUGUCCGUCGUCCGUCCGGCCGUCCACAAUUGCUUGUGAACACUCUAGCGGUCACAUUUUUGCCUCAAUCAUCAUCAAACUUGGUCAGGAUGCUUAUCUAGUUGAAAGCUCGGAUGAGUUCGAACAUGGGUCAUCUCGGAUGAAAAACUAGGUCACAAGAGCUAAAAAUAGAAAAACCUUUUGAACACUCUAGAGGUCACAUUUUUGACCCAAUCAUCAUCAAACUUGGUCAGGAUGUUUGUCUAGGUGAUAGCUCGGAUGAGUUCGAACAUGGGUCAUCUCGGAUGAAAAAGUAGGUCACAGGAGCUAUAAAUAGAAAAACCUUGUGAACACUCUAGUGGUCACAUUUUUGAACCAAUCAUCAUCAAACUUGGUCAGAAUGCUUGUCUAGUCAAUUGCUUGGAUGAGUUCGAACAUGGGUCAUCUCUGAUGAAAAACUAGGUCACAGGAGCUAAUAAUAGAAAAACCUUGUGAACACUCUAGUGGUCACAUUUUUGACCCAAUCAUCAUCAAACUUUGUCAGGAUGCUUGUUUAGAUAAUAGCUCAGAUGAGUUCGAAUAUGGGUCAUCUCGGAUGAAAAACUAGGUCACCGGAGCUAUAAAUAGAAAAACCUUGUUAACACUUUAGCGGUCACAUUUUUGCAUCAAUCAUCAUCAAACUUGAUCAAGAUGCUUGUCUAGGUGAUAGCUCGGAUGAGUUCGAACAUGGGUCAUCUCGGAUGAAAAACUAGGUCACAGGAGCUAAAAAUAGAAAAACCUUGUUAACACUCUAGUGGUCACAAUUUUGACUCAAUUGUCAUCAAACUUGGUCAGGAAACUUGAAUAGGUCAUUGCUUGGAAUAAAUCGAACAUGGGACAUCUCGGAUGAAAAACUAGGUCACAUGAGCUAAAAAUAGAAAAAUCUUGUUAACACUCUAGUGGCUACUGUUGUGAUCCAAAUAUUCUGUUAAUUGGUCUGAAAGUUUCAAACAUGGGUCAUCUUGGAUGAAAAACUAGGUCACACCGCCCAAAUAUGGAAAAACCUUGUUAACAUUCUAGUGGUCACAUUUUCGACUCGAUUAUCAUCAAACUUGGUCAGGAUGCUUGUCUAGGUAAUUGCUUGGAUUAGUUCGAAAUCGCAUGUGAAACUAGGUCACCGGAGCUAAAAAUAGAAAAAUCUUGUUAACACUCUAGUUGCUACUGUUUUGAUCCAAGUAUCCUGGAAAUUGGUCUGAAAGUUUGUUUUGAUGAUUUCUAGGUCAAGUUUGAAUAUGUGUCACCUGGGUAAAAAACUAGGUCGCACUGCUCAAAUAUGGAUAAUCCUUGUUAACACUGUAGUGGUCACAUUUUUGACUCACCUGUCAUGAGACUUGGUUAGAAUGCUUGUUUAGGUAAUUGUUUGGAUGAGUUUGAUAAUUCAGGUGAGCGAUCUAGGGCCAUCAUGGCCCUCUUGUUUAUUUAAAGUAUUAUUUUGCUGCAUGCGUAAAUUUUUCUGGAAUAUCGCUUUAAGAAUUAAAAACUAUUGAACCCAUGUAUAUAUUAACUAAUUGUGGAUUAUAUCGUGAUAAAACAAAAGAUCUUGCCGUCUUUGGACAAUUCUCGUAAUAUAUGUAUCUAUAUUUGGUAUGUUCUUGCCUCUAGCAAGGUUUUUUCCAUGGUGAUGUCAUUGAGAAAAUACCAGUAUGGUGGCCAACAUAUCAGUACAUGCCCUUUAAUGUCUGUUAGUCAAAUAAAUUUCUGCAUUCAUAAACAAUACAGGUAACUAUGUAUUCUGAAGUUGGGCAUAAAAUUUAAUUUAUCACCAUUUUAAAUUUCAUACCAUAUGGAAAAACUGUUGUUUGCUUGUAGAUAAAUUAAAUUAUAUGAUUAAAGUUGAAUAGUUUUAAGCAGUUUUCAUUGACAAAGCUGGCUACUAGUUACAAUUGUGUAAAAAUACUUGAAAAAUGUUUUUGUAAAAAUACUGCACAUUUGUAACAUCGCUUUACAUUGGAUACUUGUGAUGCAAGUUAUAAACACAGCUGCCGUCAAUUUAUGGAUUAUUUUCAUUUUCUCUCUAAUAAAGUAAGUUUGCUGUAUGGUAAAUUCAUUAUAAAGAUUCCGGACAGGUUAUAUGGUCAUAUAUAAAGUGUUGUAAGCAAUAUAACCCUCACCUCCUGGCUCUGGUUAUAUAGGCAUCUAUUUAUAUAAAACCAUAUUAACCUGUCAAAAAUCUUUAUAAAUAACUAAUAAUGUAACCCAAUUUAUAUGUGAAAGCAGUACAUGAAGAUAAUUUUUUCAUGUACUUGUUGAAACAAAAGCAGAAACCAACAUUGGCUGUUAGGGAAGUAUUUUUCACCAAUGUGCAAAAUAAUUAUUUUAUAUGAAUGAAAACAAUAAGAAAAUUUGUAACUCAACAAUUUUAUUUCUUUAUAUACAACAAAAUUACAUGUAAAAGUGCUACCAGUUUAUUUUCAGUUAUUGUCAACUUAUUCAUAUAAAGUAUUUUAACAUGUUUUCUAUGAAAAAUAAAUGAUAAAAAAUUA